UUGAAAGAGUUAGAAAUGCGAAACUAUGUGUGUCCAUGAGAAGCUAAGCAGCUUAUUCGAUGAUUUGGAAGAACAUUGAGUAUAGGCAGGAGCUCAAAAGGCGACAGCUGUCACGUGCGAAAUCACGUGUUGGCGGUUCAGAGAGUUUGAAAUCCUUAUGUAACCGCUUAGUCCCCAUCCCAAGGCUGAUUCAUCAUCGCAAAUCAAGCUCGGUACCCCACAUUACCUGUCCGGCCGCCCCCACCACCUCCGAAUACACUGAUUCCAGUCUUGUAGUAAUGCUGAGAUAAUAUGUUUGAAAGAGCCCUAUAAGAGUAUAGUAUCUUUUCGAACUUUCUCUCUCAUUCUCGUUUUUCCCUAGCUCUCCCUCUCUCUCUGGUAUUUAAACUCCCAUUCAAUCCCGAUGAAGCUGUUCUUGUUCAUUUUCACAACCGCAAUCGCAAUCAUCUCAAUCGCAUUCAGUGAUACUAUACUCGCCCGCAUCGGUCCAUUGACAGACCUUCUACACAGAAACCACAACAACCAAACAACCGUCACCACGUCGUCCUCAAACUCCCAAACUACAGGCUCUACCUCCUUUGAGGGCCUCCCAGUCAUUCCUCCUACUGAAAUAUACGGCGAGCCAAAAGCAGAAGCCAUGUCCGUCCCCCGCGCAAUCCGCAAAGCCUUCCUGGCUAUCCAGCAAUCCGAGGGUGUAGGCGCCAAAGUGCGCCGCUCAAUCGGCACCCCUCAACUGCGCAACUUCAGCCCCUUCCUCAUGCUAGACCACUUCACCAGCUCCCCCGGCUCCGGCUUCCCCGACCACCCCCACAGAGGCCAGGAAACAAUCACCUACCUCCUCUCCGGCGCCGUCGACCACGAAGACUUCGCCGGCAACAAAGGCACCAUCGAGGCGGGGGACCUGCAAUUCAUGACCGCCGGCCGCGGCAUAAUGCACGCCGAGAUGCCGCGCGAGCUCUCUGACGGCUCCCCCGUGGUCGGAAUGCAGCUCUGGGUCGACUUGCCCGAGAAACUGAAGAUGUGCGAGCCGCGGUAUCGCGAUCUGAGGGCCAGCGAGAUUCCGCAGGUCAAGACGGAUGAUGGGAAGGUCAAUAUUAAGGUCAUCUCUGGGCAGAGCCAUGGCGUCGAUUCGGUGAAGGAGUUGGCUUAUACGCCGGUUUGGAUUUUCGAUAUUGAGGUCCAGCCGGGUGGAAAGAUUACGCAGCCGAUUCCGGCGGGUUGGAACGCGUUCGCUUAUACGCUCGCGGGCACGACUAGCUUUGGUAGCGGCGAGGAGAAGACGGAAGUCGGACAGUUUCACAAUGUUGUCUUUGAGCAGGCUGGUGAUACCGUCACAGCUGCUGUAGCGGCAGAUGCCACGGAGCCAGGACACUUCUACCUCGUCGCCGGUCUACCACUCGAUCAGAAGGUCGUGCAGUACGGACCAUUCGUGUUGAACAGCCAGGAGCAGGUGUACAACGCGCUUAGGGAUUAUCAGAAUCACCAGAAUGGGUUUGAGCGCGCUAAGGGAUGGCAGAGCGAGAUUGGGAAGAGGAUGAUGCAAUAGGGCAGGCAAUCUUCGGAAUGGAAUGGGGGUUAUGGCGUUAGAGAUUGGCAUGGGUGGAGUUAACAUAGGGAAAUUUGUAUUUUAGACACAGCUUCAGACUUGAAUUGGAAUUCAUGAUAUCAUAUUUAUACACUGC